AUGUCCAGCUUAGGAUCUCAGCGAAGCAGCCACAAGCCUGUCCACCUGGCUGGUGGAAUAGUCUUGCGCGGGCAUGGAAUGAAACGAGACAGAAAUGAUUGCUGGCACUGCCAUAAGACAGCGGUCUGGAAAACGGCUAGAGAAAACCGUGAGGAAGCGGCGAAAUGGGCAUCCGACACUGAAGAAAUGGAUAUGCAGAGUGGGGCCACGGACUUUUGCGGUUUCCCAGCCUCAUGCGGAGACGAAGUCGUUCAUUCUGUACACUUCGAACCCCUCGGACUCUGA